AUGGCCGCGCCGAUGACCGAAAGGCAGCGGGAGCUGGAAAGGAGAUACCUCGCCAACCAGGCCCGCAAGAAACACGCACCGCAGCUCAGCAUCAGCGACGACUCCCACCACGUGACUGAUAUCAUCGGCUCCUGGUAUGAGGAGCGCGGCAACACAACCACCACCACCCCGGCCCACGGCAGCAGCAACAAAGGCGGCGGUGGCAGCAGCAGCAACAACAACAGUGGAACCCUUGGUGGCAGCGGUGCAGGCGUGGGAAUCGGCAUGGCAGCGGGCCACCGUCCACUGAGCUACAUCAACAGCCCGAGCGAGCGCGAGGGCUUUGAGGCGCGGAAGCAGCGACGGCAUGGCACUCUCAUCGAUGCACAGGCACAGCAGGCGCAGCAGGCACAGGCACAGACACACACGCAGACGCAAGCGCGGAGUCCCACGGCCAGCGGCAGCAGUCCCACUACUGCCACCUCCCCGUCGCGCGUGCCCCUCCCUCGUGCCCUGAGCAGCGACAGAGUGGCUUCCGCUUCACCCACCGCCAGCUCCGGCAGCCUUCCCUCACCCAAGGCCCUGCAUCGCAUGAGCUCGCUGGGCUCCGAGACCUCCACUGCCAAUGCCUCGCCAACCUCCCCGCCGCCUCUGAGCCGCCAGUCGUCCACCGACACCGCUGUCCAGCACUUCCCACUGAACGACAUCGACUACGAAUCGAGUCCCGCCGCGGUGCAGCAAGAGCUGAGCAACCUCCAGGCCAUUCGCCGCAUGUCUAUGAGCAUUGAUACUGCCGAUCCAGACCUGCCCUCCUUUAGCAACAUCCCGACUGUUGCGCCCAGCAAAUCCGACGACGAAGAUGAUCCCUCGCAGUUGUUUUGGGUUCCCGCACGACUCCACCCUGAGCUGGCACCAAAAGAGUUCAAGACGUUCAUCGAGGACAGAGUGGAUAAGAUACGGAGAAGGUCAGGCGGAGAGGACAGUCUGACGCCAGAGACGUUAGAGCGAGCAGGCUCCGGUAGCAGUCUACGGCGGAAGAAGAGUAUGCUCUCUCAUCAAAUUGACACCAAGGGUAACUACCAGGAUGGUGCAGAAAGAUUGGAGCGGAAGAAGUCCAAGGGCCUAUCAGUGGAGGGCCAGGCUACAGUGGCAAAUUUGUCUGAUCUCGAGGCUCUGGUCAAUGAUCCCGCACAGCUGAUGCGUCGCAUGAGUCUGGACAAUGCUCGACGAUCACAAGACUCUACAGGGGAGAUGGGGCCGGACGGAGAGCUCGCAGACAUGCCGAUACUUCCUCCGGUCGGCACCCUGAAGCGAUCGACGAGGACCACAUAUCGAAGAGGUAGCCUGAAGAAAGGCGAGCGGGUGCCGUUCUCUCGACGUGCCCGGGAACGUCGUGUCGAUUCCGAGAACGAGGACUCCCCAAGCUCUCCGACAGGUCCAAGCACCGAAGAGAGCGCAGAAGAGCCCCCGACGCUUGGGCUGACCAGGGUACAAACUGAGCCUAUACCUGCACAGAACGACGCCUACGACGGCAACUCACAAUCGAGAUCCGCUCGCCACAGCAACAGACUGGGAUCGUCACAACCUUCCGAGGACCUUCCAGCGGAACACGAGAAGAGGAGGACGAAAUCACCUCCGCUGUCUAGAGAAGAGCAUUAUCGUCAACCAGAACAGCACAAUGACUCUACACAGUCUGCGGCGCAAACCUCGUCGUCGUCACAACAACCAAAACAAUUCCACUCUCGCAUUGCGUCGCCAGGGCGAACGACGGCUCAACUACCCGGAUACAACAACACGAAUCCGCUUCCCCAAAUCGUAGAAACUCUUCCGGAUGGCAGUAAAGUGCCCGUCAGCAAUCUUGGUCAACCAUUGCCCGAACGUAAAUCCUCACAUGAGGUUCCACGCCAGUUCCAGAGAGGAGGAGCGCACAUGCGACCUGUACCAGGUCGGGAGAAGACGGCUUCAUCCAGUUUGGACGACUUAUCAUCCCACCCCUCCCCAUUACCGGGCAGUGGCAAUACCAGAACAGAUGCGUUGACCAUAGUGCCAACGUUUGAUGAGAGAAAGGCCGAGAAGAAGGAAGCGCCACGGAAAAGCAGUUGGAAAUGGAUUCUGGGCAGCGACGACAACGACAAGAAAUCGAAAGACGACCAAUCAGAAUCGUCGAAGAAAUCCAGCAAACUGUCUAAGCAGUCCGCUGACAAGGCGAGACUUGAUGUGUUGCAGAACUCGAUAGACGGUACGGUACCUGCCCGAGGACGUGAAAGCAUAGUGCUGAACCGGGAAGACAUCGAGCUAGACGAGGAGCGCAAGAAGGAAGGCAAGAAGCCAGCUCAGCCCAAGAAGGAGAAGGAGAAGGACGGAUUGCUAUCCGCGCUCUUCGGCGGCAGGAAGAAGACGUCUGACGGCGAUCUGAAAGAGAAGAAGCGUAAGACUGAUCGAGGGCUAUCCCCGGAGCCGGCGCCUCGGAUUCUCAAACCCGACAUUGAUUACAAUUGGACCCGCUUCAGUAUUCUGGAGGAACGAGCCAUAUACCGCAUGGCCCAUAUCAAGCUUGCCAACCCGAGGCGAGCAUUGUACAGCCAGGUGCUACUGUCGAAUUUUAUGUAUUCUUACCUUGCAAAGGUUCAGAUGAUGCACCCUCAAAUACAGAUACCCGCUGCUCAGCGAGCGGCACAACAACGAGGCCAGAAGGAACAAGAACCACAGCAGGCGCAACAGCAGCAGCAACAGCAUCCCCCUGAGUACAAUCAGUACCAGAGGUGGCAGGAGCAACAAGCACGAGAGCAAGCAGCUCAACAAUCGCAGGACAACUCAAGCCGCACAAGUUUCGAUAUGAUCCACGAAGGGCAACAGCGGGACAGCUUUGAUCCGAACGAUCAAUCCUCAAGCAACCACGACCGACAAAAGUCCGACGACCACGGCCGUAAUGCAUACGCCUACUCCUCUCAAUCUGGCCCGGGGCACGCGCGAACGAAUGGUGGGAACUACAGCGUGGCGAGUACUCACGAUUAUCUCGGGUACUCUAGCCAACAGCAGGACUUGUGGGAAGAUGAUGAACGAGAACAGGAACUGUGGUCUCGAUGA